CUCACGCCUCGCGUUCGCUGCCUCUCUAACUUCAUUACGCCCUCAUCGCAACUCAUUUUCUUUGAUUUAUCCCUGGAUCAGGCAGCAGUGGACACUAUCAGGCCGCAUCCCUCUAUACCUCUCUCUCCACCUCUGCCACCAGAGGGACCUGAUUGCCGGAGUGAGGAGGGAGCAGCAUGGCCCCAAGAAUGAAACAGAGCUUGCCAUGGACGUGGGGUCCUUGAGCACGAAUGGGGCUGUGCAGUCCCAGUCAUUGUCGUGUGUGUAUCCUCCACUAGCCCCUCAGUCGGCCUCCUUGUCCAUGGGGGACCAGCACCCUCUAGCGGCAGACGCAGCAGCAGAUACUGAAGAGAAAUCGGCAUCUAACAACAUGGUGGUCUCUCAUAGCGAGGAGCGGAGCGACAACUUCUAUAACUACAAGGAAUCAGCAAUGCUUGCUAAUAAAGGAUUGAAAGAUGUUGAAGAUUCAGUGACAAAUGAUGAUACGAGUCUAGGAGUUACUCCUCUUGAAAUGGAGGCUGCCUCUCCGGUCAAGGGAGGUAACUCUGAUGGAGGUGCUGGGUCAGAUUGUGAGGAAGACCCUGUUGAGUGCGGAGAUUGCAACCGCGACUUCCUCACUCUGCAGCAAUAUAUGGAUCAUUCGUGUGCACGUUUAGAUUCAAAAGACCCCAACUUUGCCGACAAUGAAAGUGAAAUGAGUGAUGGAGAAAGCUUUAAUGGCAAGAUUGUUUACAACCCUGAUGGUUCUGCUUACAUUAUUGAAGGAAGUGACUCUGAAAUCAGUGACCUUGACAUAGAUGUCCCAAAGCAGGACGGGGCAAUCAUAGACAAAAAGGGUUUGUCACCAACAGUCCCCACUCUACACCCAAUUUCAAAUGCUUUUUUUGUACCUAGAAAUCCAUCAUCAUUUUUGAAUAGUUACUGCAACACAUCUAGUUCCUCCCAGAAACUUACCCAUGAAGCACCAAUUAUGCACAGUUACCGAGUGUAUGAUGUGCGAUCAGGGAAAGACUUGAAAUCAGGGGAGGAGUCCUCAGACUCGUCCCACAGCAAUGAAAACCACAUGCCAUCAUCUACCUCCUCCUCUUCUGCUAAGUCUGAAGCUCUUACUGUCCCCACCAAACCCAUCCUCAUGUGUUUCAUCUGCAAGUUGUCAUUUGGAUUUGUUAAGUCUUUCACAGCACAUGCCACCACUGAGCACUCCAUGCACCUCAAUCAGGAGGAACGGACAAUAAUGUCUCAGAAAAAUGCAUCUGCAAUAAUUCAGGGUGUUGGUAAAGGCAAGAGGCCUCUGAUGUCAUUUCUAGAGCCCAUGCCUGCACCAGCAUCAGCCUCAUCAGCUUCCUUUGGCUCCAAGAGUCCAUCAUUUAUGUGUGCAAAUGCUCUCAGCUCGAACAGUAAGCAGGAAUCUACCACUGUGAGUUAUGUGUAUACAAAACCAAAAAUCUCAUUACCUUCAGCAUUGGAAAACCAGUCAGCAAAUGACAGUGUGUCCUCAAAGCAUGUUAAUUCAUGGGUAACCAAUUCUCAGUCUGCUGUGAAAUCUGAAGAUGUUGACGGGAAUAAGGAAAAUAGUGACUCAAAUGGCAAGGACUCUGACCAGGAGGAACCUUUUGGUAGCUUCCAAUCUGCAGAAGAUAGCUCAGCCAAAAGUACCAAGGUCAAGGGUGAUCCAGAGAGCCCCAGAGUCAACAGCGAGAAGUCGAAGUUACCAGGUGAGGGCAACGCUGACAACACUGCCUCUACCUCAACCAUUAACUCAUCGUCUGUAACUAGCGUAGCCAGCCCCUCUCUUGUUAACUCCCAGACCUUCACAGGCUUCCUUGGUAUGUGUGAUGAACACCCUCAGGGCCGAGCGCAAGGCGUGGAGUGUCCAAAAUGUGACAUGAUUCUCAGUUCGUCCCAAUCUCUUGGUGGUCACAUGACAAUGAUGCACUCUCGGAACUCCUGUAAAACAUUAAAAUGUCCGAAGUGCAACUGGCACUACAAGUACCAGGAAACAUUAGAAAUCCACAUGAAGGAGAAGCAUCCUGACAAUGACACUCAGUGCAUCUACUGCAUAACCAACCAGGCCCACCCACGUCUUGCCCGUGGGGAGACCUACUCAUGUGGGUAUAAGCCAUACCGGUGUGAGGUGUGCAACUACUCAACAACAACUAAAGGCAAUCUCAGUAUACACAUGCAAUCAGACAAGCACAUCAAUAACAUGCAAGAUCUUGCUAAUGGUAGCAAUGAGAUCAAGAUGCCUCCCCAGCAAUCUCCUUUCAAUAACAAUGAUGACAGUCAGUACAAGAAGGCCAAGCCCAAACAGACAUGGAGAUGUGACGUCUGCAACUAUGAAACCACAGUGGCGCGGAACCUUCGCAUCCACAUGACAAGUGAGAAGCACACGCACAACAUGAUGGUGCUUCAACAGAACAUGAAGCACAUGCAGCGGGACAUGCACAUACAGAUGAACCAGCUGAUGAUGCUCGGGCAGCAGGACCCAGCCAUGUUUGGGCUGCCGUCACAGAUGUCAGGAGGGAUGUUCCCUUUUGACCAACAGGUCCUCAUGGCUGGGCUUCCCCCUGGCUUUGAGGUGCCAGUUAAUUUGACUAAAGAAAAUGGCACAGCUAUUCCUCAAACUGGAUCUGAGAACAUUGACUCCUCCAAGCUGUACCAGUGUUGUGUGUGUAACAUCUUCUCCACAGACUCAUUAGAAGCCCUUCAUCAGCAUCUGCAGCAUGACCGCAGCAAGCAGCGUGAGAACGAGCACAUUGUGGUCAACAAUGGUACAUACAUGUGCAACUUGUGCACAUACAAGACCAACCUCAAAGCCAACUUUCAGCUGCAUUGCAAAACUGACAAACAUAUCCAAAGACUUCAGCUUGUGAACCACAUCAAGGAAGGGGGCAGCAACAACGAAUGGCGCCUCAAGUACCUGAACGUCAGCAACCCCAUUCAGGUGCGCUGCAACUGCUGCGACUACUACACCAACAGUAUUCACAAGCUGCAGAUGCAUGGCAGCAACCUGCAGCAUGAGGGCAGUGCCCAACUGUUCCGGCACCUCCAAGGGGAGGAGGCCAAAUUGAGCGGGGCUUCCCCCAAGUAUUACCAAUGUACAGUAUGUCUUGUGUCUACCCGCACCAAGCUGCGCCUCAUCCAGCAUGUCCACUCCAUGAAGCACCUGCAGGUGGAGAGCCAGGUCAAGGUGCAGGCACAAGAGGCUGGCACACCUGUGGAAGACCUUGCCAACCUCUUCGUUGUCAAAGAACUGACUGAUGGAGAAAGUAUAGACUUUGAUGAUGAAGAUGGAGACCGUGAUGUGUCUGAAAGGGCUACUACUGGGGAAGAUGUUCCAGAGAACUCUGAAAAGCAGCGUCAAGAGGGGUCAUCUUCAUCAGCAUCACUCGGGCCCUCGUCAUCAGUCACUGCAACAACGCCAAAAACAUCAUCGCCAGUGACAUCAGUCAAUGCCGAGUCCAAUGAAACUUCCCAUAUGUGCCCCCUCUGUACCUUCAGCAGCACAAGCGAGUCCUCCCUCCAGGCUCACGUGCUGGCCCAACACAAGCAGCAGGAGGUCCUGUGCCCUCUCUGCCAGGAUGGGUUCAAGGUCAAGGCCAAACUGGAACGCCAUCUCAUGCAGUCACAUAAUGUGACCGCAGAAGGUCUGCAGCGUUUGCUGCUCAUUGUGGAUGCCAAUGAUUGGAUACCACCGGCAGCCAGUCAAGAAAAGAAAGAUUCUGAGUCUCCAAGUCAAGAAUAUGACGAGACAAGGGAAAUAAAUGUUGAGGCCAUGGAAAUUGAGCAUUCAAAGCUCAUUGCUGAAGCCAUUGACGUUUCCUCCCUGCUGGACAAGAGUGAUGGAGAUAAUCAGUAUAGAUGUCAGACCUGCUCAAAAACAUUUGCAAUCAUCGACCAACUCUAUGCUCACCAGAACGAGCUGGGUCACCUGGAGCUGAAACAGACGCCUCGGGGUCCUGGUUACUUGUGCUGGAAGAAGGGUUGCAAUCAGUAUUUCAAGACUGCUCAAGCUCUCCAAGUCCACUUCCGGGAAAUCCAUGCCAAACGUGUGGCAGGCUCUGGCACCGAUUUCACCCAAUACAGCCAUCAGUGUUCCCAGUGCACCUUAGCUUUCAAAUCUGCUGACAAACUACAGAUGCACACUCAGUUCCAUCUCUUAUGGUUUAUAACCAACUGUUGUGUCUGCUCCAAGAGUUUUCAUUCCAUUGCCUCACACAGAAAACAUCUAGAAGCUGCCCACUCAGAGCUUGGGAAGGCUGAACUGGACAAACAUAUAGAGACUCUUAAUUCUAACGCCAAAGCUUGGCAUGAAUGUACAGAUGCUCUAGAACCAAAGCUCAAGCAGUCCUCCAGUUCCUUCGGUGCUCUCAUGGCCACCAAAAUGGCCAACUCAAGCCCCAGUCUCUCUUGCUCCCCAUCCAGUGAAGAUAGAGAUGCAGCCAUGCAAGAUGAUGCCAUAAUGGAUGAUAAUGAUAAUGACUUGGAGACUUCUUGCAGUGACUCGGCCACAGACUUAGAGAAUGGUGCAAUGUUCAAAGAUAGUGCUAAAUUUGGAGAUGACAAAUGUGACUCUGAUAGGGGUGAUUCUUCCAGUACUUAUAGAGAGCAGCAGUUUAUGGAGGAUUUCAUUAACAGCCAGGCUAUGGCUGAGGGUAGCUAUGAAGAUCCUGGGCGCAAAUAUAAGUGCCACAGGUGCAAGGUGGCAUUCACGAAACAGAAUUAUUUGACAGCUCACAAUAAGACUCUACAGCAUCGUCGAGGGGACAAAUUAAGCUACCCAAUUGAAAGAUACCUCGAUCCUAAUCGACCUUUUAAAUGUGAUGUUUGUAAGGAAUCCUUUACUCAGAAGAAUAUCCUGUUGGUUCACUACAACUCAGUAUCUCAUCUGCACAAACUUAAGCAAGCUGCCCAACAGGGAAACCUGCCUCCUUCAAUCUCCGCUUCUCCACCCACCUCAUCCACCAGCACAGCAACCACCUCCAGUACUGCUGCAUCAGCAGACUCUGAGAAAAAGCCGUAUCGCUGCAAUAUAUGUAAAGUAGCUUACAACCAAGGAUCAACACUAGACAUUCAUAUACUGCGAUCUGUAGCUCACCAGACAAGAGCAUCCAAAAUCCAUGAAUUAGCCAUGACAGGACAAAUAGAUAUUAACCUGCCACUUAUUGAGCAGCCAGAUCUGACAAAAUCCUCACAGCAGCAGGCUCAGCUGUUUGCAGAUAUACUACAGCAGCAACAGACACAGGUUUCGGUGGCCAACUCCCUUCAACAGCAGUCGCUGCUGUUCCCAGGCCUGCCCAACAGCUUGUCUGGCCUCAACCCUCUCUCCCAACUGCCUGUUCUACCAGGAAUGCCUCUUCCUUCCUCUAUGCUUACAACACCCACAACCUCCUCACCUCAAGUUACAACAUCUAGCUCAGAAACAUCAACCUCACAGAAGGUCAAUGGGGAAAUGUUAGAGAAAGUUGUCGAAAAGUUGUCCAGGUCUUCAGAAGGAAAGAAGUCUGAACUUAAAGUUGAAGUGAAGAAAGAACCAGCUGAACAAGCUGAGGACUUUACCCAUAAAAAUGACUCAAGCUCCAAAGUAUUAGAAGAAAAGGAAAAUAUGGUGAAUGCUAUGAAGACAUCAUCCAAAAUGACUGAACAUGCUGAAAGUAGCUGUCAGAGUCAGCCAUCAUACUGCUGUCAACGCUGUAACUCCACUUUCGUCAGCCAAGAUGCCCUGAGUACCCAUCAACAGAUAUACUGUUUCCUAGGAGCAGGGGCCAACUCACUGGCAACUCAGGCUUUCAAUAGAUCCAGAUUCAUGGGACGAUUCAAACCUCAAGUCCAUAAGAACCUCUUAGAAAAUAUUGGGUUUGAGUGUGUGAUGCAGUUCAAUGAAUAUAAUCAAAGAAAGUCGGUAAAGAAAGAGACUGAUGAGAAGGAAGAAAAGAAGGAUGACAUCAAUACUGAUGUCAAAGAAGCUUGUGAACAGCAACAGAUUUGGCAGGAAGUUGAGGAUGACAGCAGAAAGGAUAAACCAGAUCUGCCUGAAAUCAACAAAUGUUCCUGCAUUGCAUGUGGCAAGGACUUUUCUAGUGUCUGGGUUCUCAAAGCCCAUCAGGAAGAAGUUCAUAGAAAGAUGGUUCCCAUUGAGGCAGUUGAAAACUUUGGGGAAAAGUUCAAAACAGACUUUGAUAAGAAGCAGCCAAAAGAGGAAGCUCUGCCAACCACACCUCAACCUGGCAGCUCCACUCCUGGUAGCUCAGGGUCCAGCAGUGACAAACCCGGGAGCCAGGAGAUGCCACCACCUCCUCCACCUCCACCUCCAGUGUCACUGUCUAGCCAGUUUGACAUGGCUUCACUGAUGCCAAUGUUUGGAAUGAUGCCCAUGCCACUUCCUGUGAACUUGAUGACACUUGGUAUGCAUCCUCCUCUGAUGCCAAUGAUGAUGCAUGGCAUGGACAUGCAGGGAUUCUCACCUCAAGUUCAAGUUGUUGAUCCUAAUUACAUGAGCCAACAACAAUUACAGCAGGCACAGAAUCAGAAGAGAGUUCGCACACGAAUUAGUGAUGAGCAGCUAAAGAUCUUACGAGGCUACUUUGAUAUCAACAAUUCCCCAAGUGAAGAGCAAAUCCAGCAAAUGUCUGAUCAGUCAGGCCUGCCACCAAAAGUCAUUAAACAUUGGUUCAGAAAUACUUUGUUCAAAGAAAGGCAGAGAAACAAGGACUAGCCUUACAACUUCAACAAUCCUCCUUCAACAUCAAUAGAUCUUGAAGAAUAUGAAAAGACUGGAAAGAUCCCGGAGAUUAAAAGUGAGCCAAAAGAUGAUUACGAAGAUGAUGAUGAUCUUCGAGAUGAUCAGCAAAGUGAUAAUGAGGCUGAUAAGACUGAUAGAUAUGAAAGUUUGUUUAAACUUGAGACACCAAAGCCUGAACAUUAUGAUGACAAAAAUCAGUUUGAGAGCUAUUCUAAUGCUUCCACUCCCUCAACAACGUCUUCCAUCCCCUCCACACCUACUGCUUCAGUGCCCAACACCCCCACACCUACCACAACUCCUACCAGUGAAGACCAUACCUUUAUGAGAAAUGAUGGUGGCUCUUCUGGGAAGAGAGCCAACAGAACAAGAUUUACAGACUUCCAAAUAAAGCUUCUGCAGGAGUAUUUUGAACAGAAUGCCUAUCCCAAAGAUGAUGAACUUGAUCAUUUAUCCAAACUUCUGAAUCUCAGUCCUAGAGUUAUAGUUGUUUGGUUCCAAAAUGCUCGUCAAAAAGCCAGAAAGAUUUAUGAGAACCAACCUGCAGCUGAUGCCAAAGAAGGUAACACACCAUUCCAGAGAACUCCAGGACUUAAUUACCAGUGUAAGAAGUGUAAUGCUGUGUUCCAAAGAUACUAUGAACUGAUUAAACAUCAGAAAAGACCAUGCAUUGCAGAAAACAAUAAUAAUAACUCUGUUUCUAAUAUAGAUGAUGACAGCAAUUCAACAAUAAUGUCGCAAGAUGAUCUCAGUCAAACAGGCAGCAUUACAGAAACUAAGGAGCAACAACAACAACAACCACCACAGCAGCAGCAGCAACAACAACAACCGCAGCAGCAGCAGAAGGAAGUAAAUCCACAGACUGCUGCCUUCAAGUGUGACAAGUGUGAUGCUAGUUUCAACAGGCUUGAUCUCUGGCAGGAACAUUUGAAGAUUCACAGCAUGAACCCAAGUCUGUUCUCCAGUUUCCCCUCCAGCAGUGCUUUUGGGAUGCUGCAGACACUUGCUCACCAGGAGGAUAGCAAGGCAGCAGCAGCAGCAGCUGCAGCCAAGAGAAAACUUAUGGCUCAAGACACAGAUGAAGAGAAGGAUGAUCAACCUCGAGACAAACGUCUGCGGACCACCAUCCUUCCUGAACAGCUUGACUACCUCUACCAAAAGUACCAGCUGGACUGCAACCCCAGUAGGAAACAGCUGGAGUCUAUUGCUGCUGAGGUCGGCCUGAAGAAACGAGUCGUCCAAGUCUGGUUCCAAAACACUCGGGCCAGGGAAAGAAAAGGUCAGUAUAGGGCCCACCAACAACUCAUUCACAAACGUUGUCCCUUCUGUCGUGCUCUCUUCCGUGCCAAAUCUGCUCUAGAGUCUCACCUUGCUACCAAACAUGCUGAAGAAAUGGCAAAAGUUGAAAUCAAUGUAGAUGCCAUACCCGAUGCUUCCAUGGACAGCAAUCCCACCAGCCCCCAGCCAAUGUCCGCAUCAACAUCCGGCAUCCCUCCCCCUGGCACUGAUCUCAACAAACUUCUCUCUCUUUCCCCAGCGGGUAUGCAACAGUUGCUACCAUUCAUGCCUCCCUCCAGCCUUGGGAUGCCAUUCCCACAAGCAGACCCACUUCAGCUCUCCAUGAACAAGAUCUAUGAGGAUUCUCUUAAAAAGUACAUCAAUGAGCUCAGUGGACCUAGCCAGGUGACUAAGUCGAGACACAGCUCUGAGACAAGCUCUAGCAGGAAGUCUGAGACAGAAAGCCGUGUACCUACACAGAUGGAGGAUGAUGCCCCUCUCGAUCUCAGCAAACCCAUCAAGGUGAACAUUGAGACUGACAAAUGUUCUGAUGGACCUUUGACUGACAUGAGCGAAAGAAGUGACGACCAUCAUUUUAACAGGAGAGUCAGUAUGGAUGACUCUAUAUCAGAAACUUACUCUGACUUUGAUAAUAGCACAAAUGACGAUGUGAACUCCAGUGUGAACAGUCCCCCAUCUCCAAACAGCUACCAUGUAAACCAGCCAAACAAGCGAUACCGGACUCAAAUGACCAGUCUACAGGUCAGAGUCAUGAAGUCCCUGUUUCAAGACUACAAGACGCCAACAAUGGCAGAAUGUGAGCUGCUGGGCCGAGAAAUAGGUCUUCCAAAACGAGUAGUGCAGGUAUGGUUCCAAAAUGCUCGAGCCAAAGAGAAAAAGUCCAAACUUGCUUAUGCCAAAACGUUCGGAAGUGAUGUGGACUUCAGCAAGCCUCCUGAGGAGUGUUCACUUUGCAACUUUAAGUAUUCUCACAAGUUCACCAUUCAGGAUCACAUCUUCACCAGGAAGCAUAUUGACAAUGUCAAAGCCUUCAUACAGUCUCAGUCAGAUGCAGAACGAGAGAUGUCUGACCCAACUGGAAUGUCAACGCUGUUGCGACAACAGCGGGAGAUGGAUCGAGUCAGGAAGGCCUGGGAUGAUGCAUCUUCCUCCUCCUCCACAACCACGACGACGCCUCAUCUAGCACAACUGCAGGCUAUGGGGAUGAAUGCCAUUGGUCUUCCGGCUAGCGCUGGAGGCAAUAGCUCGAGUCUGAAUAUGAGCACAGGGCACCUGCCAGCAAGCUCCAGCUCCAGCUCCAGGAAGUCCAGUCGCUCAAAUGAAGAAACAGCUGAGAAGAAGGAAUCCCGAUCAUCCGCUUCAAGUGAGGGGUCUUCGUCAUCAUCAUCCAAAUCUCAACAGCAGCAGCAGCAGCAACAGCAGGAUUCUGUAGCCUCAGUGGAGAUGGCCAUGAACAUGCAGAUGAUGUCGGCUCUGGGUGGCUACAUCCCAGGAAUGGACCCCUCCUACCUGCCAUUUAUGUACCCCGGACUCCCAGGCUACAUGCCGGGGAUGGGCAUGCCCCUCCUCCAACCCGGACUUAUGCCAGGGGCAGAGCACAUGAUGGCAUAUGACCCGCUAAGUUUUGGAACCCCGCUCCCUCUUCUCCAAAUUCCUCAGGAUGCUAUAAAGAAUGUGAGUGAGUUGCUGACCGAUCCCAAGUCCAGCCUAGCUCAGUACACGCAAGAUUCUAAAUCUGUAUCAAACCUCAAGAACCAGGUGAGCAGUGUGGACUAUGCCUGUGCCCAGGAGAGUACUGUGGACGUGGGCUACAUCUGCAAGAAAUGUCAAAUGGUGUAUCCCGCUAAGGAGGCUUGCAUCACCCACCAGAGGGCCGUGUGCUUCGCAGGCGCAAAGGUUUCAGAAAAUAUGAAACCAAUGUUAAAGCUAGAGCAGAAGCAAUAUGAAUGCCGAGCUUGCACCGAGCGGUUCUCAACUGCAUAUGAAUAUAAACUCCAUACUCAGAUGGAGGUGCAUAAGGUCAAGGCCACCAAACUAUACCAAAGGAAGUCUGAAGGAAGCUCCUCCACUGCUGGGAGCAGCCCUGCCAAAUCUAGACCCGUUUCUGUUCCUUCCGAGAGCAGACGUGAAAGUGCCUCGGAGGAAUUAGAACCGAAACCUAAAAAACCAAAGAUAGAGUAAAUCAUGUGACUUAAUAGACUUACUUGUAUGUGAGCGAGGCAAAUGUGUGUUCAGCCAUUGUGUUGAAGAGACAGUAUUGACCAAGGAACAAUCAGCCUCUGGUGAUGACACUCCCACGGCUGGAUAUUGUGGGCAGUUCUGUUUUUGUCAACUAUUCCAUGUUUUAGGAAAUUGUACUCAUACAUAUCUUUUUGCUCAUGUGAGCACUUAAUGUAAUUCUUCCAUUUUGUAUUGUUGUUGUUGUUACUCUUGCUAUCCUAGGCCAGCCAUAUUAAAUAUGGGCUUGCAGCAUGCGGUUUUGGCAAUGAACCAUGUUCUAUGAUUUGUUGUAGCUGAACUUACUGUGAAGAGAUGACAUAGUCAACCUCCUAGAGGUGGAGUAUUUUAGUUUAGUUUACCUAGUUCAUUAAAAAUGUAAAGGAUUUACUUGAAAUAUUGUAGUAUAUUUGUUGAUACUUGAUUCCGCAUGGGUUGUGUGUUCGUGAAUUUGGCGACCAGCCCAGCAAAUGAGAUAUACUAUCACCCAAACUUCUUCCAAGGUGCCAUGAACUUGGUGGUGGUAUGUCUGUGUAUAGAUUGGUGUCGUCAAGGUCUUUUACUGACCUUGAUGAGGUGAAAGGCAAAUUGUGACCUUGACUGACAAGUUAGACCAUAGCUGUGUUCGUAGCCUUCAAUGUGAUUCAGGUCGUUUCUUGAGGUCAAGGUCAUGGUUGUCUUAUUUGGGAUUUCUAUUUGACCAAAGUUAAGGUCAAGGUUACCUGGGCUUGAAAGGUGGACUUAAAUGGACUUUGUAAAUUUGUAUUGCCAUGUAUUAUUUUUACAUAUUGAAGCAUGUGUGUGUUGAUUGUCAAUCAGCAACUGCCGUUGUUUGUCCUGUUAAAUGAUUUCUUCUGCAUUAUCAUGACAUCAGGUCCUCAAUGUAUCCAUUCAGAUGUUGUCCUCCCAUUAUCCAGGGCUCCUCACAGGCAAUGGUUGGACUCAAAAUGUAUGUAGGUGCUGUGAGGAGUUCCCCUAACUCCUUCCAUUCCCAGAUAAAACGUGUUUCUGAUUGGCUGUAGACUAACGCUGGGCAUGGCAGGAGUUACGACAAUGUUACGACACUUUUCACUGUAUGCAUGCUGUUGAAGUUGUCCAUAUUGACGGUGGUGUCUGUGUUAUCCCAGCAGCGAUGCACUGGGGAUAGUAUUACUUGUUUUGUGACAAUUGUGAUGAUGGUUUUUGUUCCUCCUGUUCUUGAAGAGUUCUACAAGAGGGAUAGUUCAUUGUGGUGAAAUGUGGAAUAAUCAGUGCUCCCCUAGAAGUGAAACAGGGUCCUCUCUCUCCGUUUAUUGUAGAAUCUAUGUAUCACAGGGUUCCUAUGUUCUCAUUGACAGUGUGUAAUCAGCUUAAACAGUAAUAUCCUCUACAAACUGCAGCAUUUCAGCGUCUCAUCCAUGCAGCUAUUUCUAACAUGCCAUAACAUAUAUACCUUUAUAUUCUUUACCUAUUCCAUAUAUUAGAAGAGUCCAGUUGAAAGGGAUAUUACUACAUAUCCCUGAAAUGCUCAGUUGAAAAAUGCCAAUAGUUCAUAUCAUUUAUAGAUAUUUUUAGUUUUAUUUUCAGCCUAUUAGGAGCGUUGUUACAGCUUGCUUUUGAUUAUGUUAGUUUCUGUUUCAAAUAUUGUUUUGCAAACUGACGUUUUGCCAAGAAAUGAAUCUUACUAUGCUUGCAGCUGAAGGCUGCUUAUUUUUGUACGUUUUAAGAAGACAAAAUGAUAGAACCUACUGCUUGAAGCAGACAAGAGGGCUUCGAAAUUGGUGCAUGUACGAAAAACUACAACGUAAAUUGGUCAUUAUCAUAUACAUAUUUGUAUGACAGUAUAGAAUAGCACAUCAUUACAUAUUAUAUUUUGUAGCAUAUGUAUGCCAAAUUUGCAUUUAUCAUAAUUUGUACAUAUACAGUAGAUUAUGUGAUUCUUGUAGAUCUCAAGGCUGAUGAAACAUAGGCAGUGAAAUCCUCAACUUGUGUUCCUACAUGUCUUUGAUGAAGGGGGUCUCCAUAUCACUAUCAAUACAUAAGAAAACCACUAUUUGAGUGUGCAAGGUAUUUGCUGACUAAAUCUCAUGGAAGAGAAGGUAGAAAUCUCAGUGUUGACAAAGACCAGUCUUCUUUUGUUUCCACUCAAAUACAUUUACAGAAUGAGUUAGAUAAAUUAUGUAGAUACGAUGUUUGUAUUGAAUAGAAAUGUAAAUUCUCUUCCCUUGCCAUUGUGUUGAUAAACUGAUUAAGUGCUUUGUAGAUUUCAUUUCAUAGAAUCUUGUUAUAUAGAUAAAUGUUAAAGUUAUGUACGUUAUGUUAUUGUUUACUUCGGACCAACUUGGAGCGACGACAUGUCUCUCCACUUUACCAAACUAGCUUUAAUGUUUAAAGUUCUAUAUUAUGGCCAGAUUUACAGAGAGGCUCAUAUAUGUUGGAAGAAACUGCUAAUUCGAGAUCUCUCCACAAGGGUUUAACUUUGUGCAUUUAUUUCAGAAAUAUUUUGAAAUAUUUUAAAUGUCUGUUUUUUGUUAGCUUGCCAUAAUGUGUAUCUUUAAAUUGUUUUGGUUGUUACAAACUCCCUGAAUUGCCCCUGUUGAUUCGCAAUUGGAAAGCGCUUGAUUCAUUGGUAAUCUUAAAAGUUCAAACUAUGAAGUAUUUAUAAAUAACAAACUUUGAUUCUAUGAGCAGACUAUGAUUUUUUUUAUACUUCAAUAAAAAAUGGUUUAUUGAUUUGCUUGAUCAUGUUUUGAAUGCAAGAAGAAAAUUGCAAUGACUGUUAGUUAUGUUUAGCGAUAUCCGAAAUGUCUUACAACCAACUUUUCAGCUUAUAAAUGAAUCAGCUUAUAUUUUCAUUCCCAGAGUAUUGUACACAGGAAAACUACAGUUACUUAUAUAAUACAUAGACAAAUUUUAUAUUAACUGUUUAAACUAUCAUUAAGGUAGAUCUGUGUGCAUUUGUUUGUAUUCAUAUUUUUUUCUGCCUUUUCUCAAAUGAGAAAAGAAAGUAUUUGCAUAUUAUUCUCAAAUCUAUUGUAAAAAAGGAAAAACGACAAAAAUAUUGCGGCAAUGUCUUGGCCAUGACCCUUUCCCAGUAUACAUCAUUCAACAUGGCUCCCCUUUUACCAGGCCAGAUCAACACAAGAAAAGUGUUCAGUAUGUAACAUACAUAUGUACUACUUCACCUGACUAUACAACUUAUAUUGUGUGUAACUAUGUAUAAUAUUGUCCAACAAUGUGUCAUUAUGGCUGUGUAAGGAUGCUGUCUGAUAAGGGGGGAGUCCCAUGCGAUAUAGUGCAUCUUCCUCAUAUGCCAUUUGUUUUGUGUACAAAUUGUGCAAGUAUGGAGUCUGGUUAUAUUUUACAUUUUAAUUCAGGGAUCCGCGUUCACGUGUUAUUGUCUUGGAAUCGGCUAUCCCUGUUCAAAGUUGUUUUGAUGGCGCAAUUUGCUGUUCUAGGCCUAGAAAACUAUUUUACUACGGUGGUCCUAUUUUUGGUACUGUUGAGUCUUUUAGACCUUUUUUCAACGAGAUAUAUGUAGUCUGCUUCGCAAUAUACAAACAAAUAAAAACAUAUGAUCAGUA